AUGGUCUGGGAUGGAAUUUCCCAUGGGUUGAAAACGCCUUUGGUGUUCAUCGCUGGGAACCUGACAGCCGUCCGAUACAGGGAUGAGAUCCUGCAGCCUCACGCCGUGCCCUGUGUCCAGCAAAACAACCUGACAUUGCAACAAGACAACGCGAGGUCCGCAUCGAACAACAUCGGCCCCCUCGACUGGCUCGCUUACAGCCCCGAUCUGUCCCCCAUCGAGAACUUGUGGGAUCAGUUGGACAGGAGAGUGAGGAAUCGUCCAAACCCAUCCAUCACCCUUGCAAAGCUCAAAGAUGCCUUGGUAGACGAAUGGAAUAACAUUCCAAUGAGGAGUGUGAAUGCCUUGAUGAAUUCCAUGACCAGGAGGGUCAGGGCAGCUACACAGGCACGAGGUGGUUACGAAUGGUUUUCACGUAUUUCAGACAAUGAUGAAUGUUCUGAUGGAACUGACAUUUGUCCACCUGAGGCAGACUGUAUCAACUAUCCUGGAAGUUACUCUUGUGCGUGCAAAGCAGGAUACAACGGGACUGGGUUUCUUUGCCGAGAUGUUGACGAAUGUGAGUCGGGCAGCGCUGUGUGUUCCACACACGCGAACUGCAGUAACACACCUGGUGCAUACACCUGUAGAUGUCAAACCGGGUACACUGGCAAUGGCUACAUUUGUCACGAUGCUAAUGAAUGCAUUGCUGGAUCUCACAUCUGUCACGGUAACGCUGCUUGCACCAACACUGAAGGAUCUUACACGUGUAAGUGUAACUCUGGGUUCACCGGCGACGGAUUCAACUGUACAGAUAUUGAUGAAUGUUCGGCCGCUGUUAGCAUUUGUUCCAACGAGUCAGAAUGCAUCAAUAUGCCUGGAUCGUACGUUUGCAGAUGUCGAACUGGAUAUACUGACGUUGGGUCCAAUUGUCAAGACCUGGACGAAUGUAACACUGGAACACACAGAUGUCAUUCCAAUGCUGACUGCAACAACACCAUCGGAUCGUACGACUGUAGGUGCAAAUCAGGAUACUCUGGCGAUGGGCUCAACUGUACAGAUGUUAUUGAGUGUUACACAGGAACACACACCUGCCAUGCUAAUGCUGACUGUAUCAACAACAUCGGAUCUUUUGACUGUCGGUGCAAAUUAGGAUUCACUGGCGAUGGGCUCAACUGUACAGAUGUAAACGAGUGUUCCGCAGGAUCACGGGUAUGUGAUGAUAACGCUGGCUGUGCAAACACUGGAGGGUCGUACACGUGCACCUGCGAGGCUGGCUUCACUGGAGAUGGUCGCACCUGUCAAGAUAUCAACGAGUGUCACGAUGGGACGGCGAACUGUCCUCCGAGAUCGCAGUGUGUUAAUACCGGGGGAUCGUACAGGUGUGUCUGUCCAGACGGAUCAACACCAGGUCGAACUGGUUGCAAAGAUGUCAACGUAUGCAAGCCUGGAGUUCACAGAUGCAGCAGGUGGGCUCUGUGUAUCGAGUCGGGCACAUCCUACAAAUGCCAGUGCAAGAAGGGAUUUUCAGGAGAUGGAUUCACCUGUAGAGAUAUUAAUGAAUGCAAUGUUGGGACUCACGGGUGCCACGUGAAGUCAUCGUGCGUUAAUAGACUGGGAACUCACAGCUGCAUCUGUAAUCUUGGAUUUCAGGGCAACGGAACGUUUUGUAGAGAUAUUGACGAAUGCGAUGUCGCUAUUUCAAGAUGCCCUGCGUCUUCCACGUGUAUUAACACGAUUGGUUCCUUCAACUGCAGCUGUAACACCGGCUACAACUGGUCGGGGUCUGAAUGCAGAGAUCUUGACGAGUGUUUGGCUGUGACUGACAACUGUCACCGUGACGCUGUCUGUCUCAACACUGCUGGUUCCUACAACUGUAGUUGCCGUGCAGGCUUCACCGGGUCUGGAGUUACCUGUACAGCUCUACCCUUGCAAGGUGGCGAACCUUCUGCACUUACGCAGGGAUUAGCUGGUCUGAUUGGCGGAAUCAUCGCAGCCAUUGUAUUUAUCGCCAUUGUGAUUGGAAUAAUUUUCUACUGUGCACGACAAGAGCUAAAACAACAACAACAAAAGAAAAAGCACAAGGAACUUCUAGAGAACUCCAGUGGAGAUUUAGAUUAUUUCAAGAUCAUGCAACAUUAACGUCUUUGAAACGGAGACCUUUAAAACCUGACGAUUACGAAUAUGAUUAUCAUUUUUGUAUGUGAUAUCACAAAUUUGAACGUGUAUCAGCUGUGAUAAUCGUGAUUAAACUGACUACAAAACGAUUAUGAAAUUUCGUGGCACAAGAGUAGACAAGACGCCCUGUAAUAUUGUUAUAAGUAUUUUGUUUUUGUCUAAACUGGCAAAAUAUGUUUACAUUACCGUGUAUGUCACAACAUUCAUUAUAACAGACGAAAAUAGGUUACAAAUGCUCUUUUGUUUAGGAAUUUAUAACUCACUGGAAAUACUAUCUGAAGGAGGUAUGAAAUAUGACUAACUGGAGAGUGGGGGGGGGGGGGGGGGGGGGAAUGGAGAUUUGUAGUACAUUUUAGAUGCAUACCAAAUAUAUUUUAGGAGGAAACAAUUAUAUUAAUAAAAACGGCACACUGACCCGUUUUUAAUCAAAUUCACUUGAAGAAAAUAAUUGCAAUCGUAAUUUGUAUGCAUUGUCUAGUAAUAUACCAGAGCAUUUCGUUCAGAUGUUAAUUAAUACGUAAUCCUCGUUAUCACCAGUUUCAAUAACAUAUGUUUUGGUACAUCGUACAUCGCAAUACAUAACGUGUAUACAUUCAGCGUGUCGCAAGAGGUGCAUGCUAAUAAAUAUUCGUAAGAAGGAAUAAGCACCCUGGAAAUAUAUAUGGGUCUGGUCGCUGGUACAAGAUCAGCCUAUCGUAAGCGUUCUGUUGCGAAAUGUAGCUUUUAUGUAAGGACCAUUGGGUGUGGGGGAGGGAUACUGGUCUCCAUAACUUUGAAAUAGAACGACAAAGUAAUAUAUCUGGACCUCAGUCCCAGCUGCUGUCAUCAUUCUCCCGACACCCAUGGGUUUAUGAUUACAAGCAACUUAGUGUAAUCAUAACUGUACUCGUUUUAUUUUUAUUUUUAUUUUCCUUUUUCUUCACAUAGUUAUACAUAUAUUGCAAUAAAGAAUGUCUCGGGACUACGUUGGACUACACAUUAAUUGACAUUUAUUUCUUGUCACACAGAGCGGUGCACAGCUUGGGAGAUGUUGUAUCAUUAUUCCAGUUUCGCUUUCGCACAAAGGCGUCAUGUUCAGAACGAGCUGCAUUCCAGGCUGUGUGUCAUAGACAUGUGGUCAUACACAUGCAGCUCAAUAUGUCGGGGCGGAUCCAGGACUUUAAAAAAUGUGUGUGUGGGGGGGGGGGGGGGGGGGCACACAAUACUAAAUAGAGCAAUUUAAGUUUAUUGAUGGCCAAUGAGGUUAGCUCCCAAAUGACGUUGGGGGUGUGAGUGGGGUGGAGUGGUGGAGGUGCUUCCAGGACGUUUAAAAUAAAAAAGUCCAGAGACGCAUUUUGAGGACAGUUAGUGUUGUAUAUCGUGGAUGAUGAAUUAAAAAAUACAACCCGAAACGGCACUGUGAAACGGUGGGGUGGGGGCACGGGACACAUAUGACCCUUCCCUGGAUCCGCCAAUGCUGCUUGUCUACGGCAGAGGUUAGUGGUCUGUUUUAAUGAUGUCAAUUCUUAAUGAUCGCGAUGUUGACGUCACACACUGCGAAAUGAUUUGUAUUAGAAUGAAUGUUAUUGGAUCGACUCCCUUCAAUACAAACUUUGUUUUUAUUACACAAAAAACCCACCGUUACCACAGAAAUUUCUGAUAUACAGGUAAUAGCAAUUGUUGUAUCGACCAAUUAACCAAAGCCAUUCUCGGGUUAAGGCGUCCGUAUUUUUCUACAUGUAUAUGCAGGUUUUCCUAUAACUUAUAUAUAGAUAUUUAUAUUUGUAUUUACCUGUCAUUGUAUUGAUAUUUGAAAAGCAGAUCUCACCUGUGUUUGUAAAUACUAUCCUGACAAUCUGUAAUUAAAAAGUACGCUUGGAAUGACUAGAACAUUUUAAAUUCAUAUAACUUGAUUAUUCUACAGGAUUUCAAAAUAUACUACGUAUCACAGUUCAUAAAGCUUUGCUGCCAUUAACAUAAUUACACAGUGAAACCUCUCAAGACCGGACCCUCUGCAAACCGGAAUUUUCUCAAGACCGGACAUUUUUUUACAGUCCUUUUUAAAAAACCAGUACAGAACUUGACCUCUCCAAACCGGAUGUCUCUUAAUACAUGACAUUUUUAUUGGUUCUAAGGGUGUGCGAUUUACAGGUGUUUCACUGUAUUUAUCUGGUAGUUACAUUCAUGUAGUGGGUUAUCACGGUGUCAUAUGUCAACUUGUUUGUCAUGUAUGUAGCUGCAGUACUCUUUGUUUUAGGUGCAUAUUUAAAAUGUUUAUUCUGGAGCAGAUUAAUAUAUAUAAUAUGUUGUGAGGAUUUGUAGGCAAAAGAGAAAAUGUUCAGUUACAUUCUCUUCAUUUGUGUUAAAUGUGUAUAAUAAUUAUGUUUGCCUUGUGAGAAAAAUAAACCUAGUGUCAGUA